AUGGCUGUUGGCGGUGGCUCUGCCUCGCAGUUCGACUCGGCCGCCCUGGCCCGUCGCCAGGAACUGACUGGCUCUGCUGGGCCUCUCGCACUGGUGAAGAACAUCAAGGUCUUUGGGAUUGCCUGUUUUGCCUGCCUUGGAGGCCUUCUUUACGGUUACAACCAGGGUGUAUUUAGUGGCGUCCUGACCAUGAACUCGUUUGAUAGAGCAUUGCCUGACUGGACCGGCGACGACAAUUCCACGCGAAUGGGUUGGCUCACCAGCAUCCUUGAGCUUGGCGCUUGGUUCGGCGCUCUCUACAGCAGUUUCCUUGCCGAGAUCCUCUCCCGGAAAUAUGCCAUCUUGAUCAACGUUUCCGUUUUCAUCGUCGGCGUCAUCAUACAAACCACCGCUGCGGCCGGAGGCGCACAACACUGCAUCCUCGCAGGCCGUUUCAUUACCGGAAUCGGCGUGGGUUCCUUAUCGAUGAUUGUGCCCAUGUACAACGCCGAGAUCGCACCUCCUGAAGUUCGUGGUGCCCUUGUCGGUCUGCAACAGCUGUCCAUUACCCUCGGCAUCAUGAUCUCCUUCUGGAUUGACUACGGAUGCAACUUCAUUGGCGGUACCGGCGAUGGUCAGCAUACCACUGCAUGGCUGCUGCCGCUUUCCCUGCAGCUCGUUCCUGCUGUGAUCCUUGGCUUUGGCAUGCUUUUCAUGCCAUUCUCUCCGCGUUGGCUCAUCCACCAUGGCCGAGAAGCCGAGGCUCGCUCUGUUCUGGCCGGAUUGCGUAGUCUUUCGCAGGACCACGAGCUUAUCGAGCUCGAGUACGCAGAAAUCCGGGCGCAGUCACUAUUCGAAAAGAAGACCCUGGCAGAGAAGUUCCCUCACCUGGUAGAGCCCACGCCGUGGAACAUCUUCAAGCUUCAAUGGGUCGCUAUCGGCUCUCUCUUCAAAACCAUGCCCAUGUUUCGACGUGUGAUAGUCGCUACUGUGACUAUGUUCUUCCAGCAGUGGACUGGUAUCAACGCAAUUCUCUACUAUGCCCCUCAGAUCUUCAAAAAGCUUGGCCAGUCGUCCACCACUGUUUCGCUGCUGGCUACCGGUGUUGUUGGCAUUGUAAUGUUUAUUGCCACCAUCCCCGCGGUCAUGUACGUUGAUAAGCUUGGGCGCAAACCUGUCCUCAUUGUCGGAGCUUUGGGCAUGGCGACGUGCCACAUCAUAAUUGCCGUCAUCGUCGCGAAGAAUCAAGACCAAUGGGAAACUCACCAAGCAGCGGGCUGGGCCGCCGUUGUCAUGGUAUGGCUCUUCGUCGUCCAUUUCGGAUACUCGUGGGGUCCUUGUGCAUGGAUCAUCAUUUCCGAGGUUUGGCCUCUUUCGAACCGUCCAUACGGUAUUGCGCUGGGCGCUAGUUCGAACUGGAUGAACAACUUCAUCGUCGGUCAAGUCACGCCUGAUAUGCUCACCGGCAUGACGUACGGCACUUAUAUCUUCUUCGGCCUCCUGACUUUUGGUGGCGCCGCUUUCAUCUGGCUCUACGUACCCGAAACCAAGAACCUGACGCUCGAGGAGAUGGACAUCUUGUUCGGCAGCCAGGGCACUGCGGAAGCGGACAAGGAACGCAUGAAGGAGGUCAACCGCGAGGUCGGCCUCGAGGAUCUGGUCCGGGGGGGCUCGACCGGCCAUGCAGAGAAGACUGAGGUGCUGCACGAGAAAGCCGAGCACACUAUUUGA